AUCCACUCAUUUAGGAAACUGUAUAUUUGAUAGUUCCAUUAAUUGAUUUUGUAUUAUUUUCUUUCCUUAGUAUGAAGAUUUACCUUAGAGUCAAUUAUGAUAAUUUCUUGUAUAUAUAUCUUUGUAAAGAGGUUCAAUGAAAUCAACAUCAACGUAAUAUAUCUUCUUUUUCUACAUGGUACCAGAGCAGGAUAAAAUCCUUGCGUUUUACUUCCGUUUUUUUUCAUAAUUCUUGUUCUUUGAUUUCUUCAUCAUGGAGGAUGAUUCAAAUAAAAGUAAGAGCAUUAACAAAAAUGAUCCAUCCUAUCUUUUUUUUAUUCAUCAUUCCGAUCACCCCGGAAUGAUCCUCGUAUCCAAACCUCUCAAUGGUGAUAAUUACGGAACAUGGAGCCGCUCGAUGAAAAUUUCUCUCAGCGCAAAGAACAAGUUGGGUUUCAUCGACGGAUCCGUUCAAGUUUCUUGUCAAAUAAAGUCACCAGAAGAGUACUCCUCAUGGAAGCGAUGCAAUGACAUGAUUCUUUCAUGGAUUCUAAAUUCUCUUGAACCCGAUAUUGCUGAUAGUGUGAUAUACUCAACUACAUCACAUGAGAUAUGGCAGGACCUUGAAGAACGAUUUUCUCAAAGUAACGCACCAAGAAUCUUUCAACUUCAACGUGAAAUGGCGUAUUUGCAACAAAACCAAAUGUCUGUUUCAGCCUAUUACACCAAGCUAAAGGGUCUUUGGGAUGAAUUAGCAUCCUAUAAUGAACCUUGUCACUGUACUUGUGGAAAAAUAAAGCCACAAUCAGAACGUGAGGAGAGAAAUGCUUUAAUGCAAUUUCUCAUGGGAUUAAAUGAAUCCUAUAGUGCUGUGCGUGGACAGAUUCUUUUGAUGCAGCCGAUGCCGACUCAUCGAAAGGCUUAUUCUCUAAUAUCCCAAGAAAAAAAACAAAGAGAACUUGGAAAUACAAGGGGGAUAAGUGAAGUGGCAGCCAUGGCAGUUCAACGUGGACAAAGAACAUCUAACUCGGGGCGAAAAACACUUCAUUGCAGCCACUGUGAUAAAGACUUUCAUACGAAGGAGACGUGUUAUAAAUUGCACGGCUAUCCAGAAGGACACCGACUCCACAAAUCGUCUAAUGGUGGUCACCAUAGAAAAGGAUACACUCCUUCUGCAAAUUCGGUAAACACGGGAUUUUCCGUUAAGGAAUUACAGACUGCUAUGCCCAAUCUGUCAGAAGCACAAUAUCAACAAAUUCUCUCGUUUAUGUCUGAAACGGGAAGUGAAUCGCACCCUCCUCAGACUAAUUCAACCGAGCUUUCCACAGGACCAGGUUACGAGGACGACGAUUGGUUUGGGUAA